CACGAGGGUGUGUGGGUCAGGAAGGAAGCCAGCGCAGAGCCGGCGACGCGAGCGAGAGGGAAAGAGAAGAGCGCUGUGCAGCGAUCUGACGCAGAAACGACAGGUUGCUGCGGUCGGGCGGCAGCUGCGCGGACUGAGGCGGGACGAGGCGGCGAGCGCGACGUGUGAGGGCGAGGCGAGGGGAUGGGAGGCGCGCGCAGGACGCGGAAGGGAGUGGAGAGAGGAGAGCGAGUGAUGGGUCGAGAAGGAAGGAGCGAUCAGCCAGGAUCGCAAGGAGACUGAGACGGAGAGACUUGAGAGGCGAGAGGCGGAGCGGUGCGUUCGCGGAACGGCUGCGGAGUGGACGGUACGGGUCUUGGUGUGAGGGUGCGGGAGAGCCAAGGCGCCGGCGGCUGAGAACAAGCCAAGAGGCGGCGCUGCGCGGGGCGAGGCGUGUCUCUGAGGCGCGGCGGAGCGGCCACACAGGCGACGUGCCCGAGACAGCGCAAGCGCAUGCCGGAAGCGGCACGGCGCGGCGGCAGCCCCCUCGGCACGGCGGCACCGCCAGCGCGCGCCACAACACAUUUCUUGUAUUCGGCGCGCCCCGCCAGCUGUAGUCGCACAUACAACAAAGGACCCGCGCGCAGGUCUCGCUGGGGUUCACUCGAAGCCCGACGCCGCAACCGCUGCUUGCGGCGGCGGAGGCCCAUCUCGACGCCUCGCGCUCCCGACGCAUGCGACUCGGCCGCGAGCAUGAUCGACAAGGCAUGCCGCCGCAGAGGCCGUCUCGUGUUGCUCGAGCUUGUCGGCGCUCGCAUGACGAGAGAGCGCGGCGGCGAGCCCUUCAUGAUGAGGAGGGCGCGGGCGCAGGCACGCACUACGCCGGCCUCUGCAAGGGGCGCCGGCGCGGCGCAGCACCGCAGCCGCUGCGCUCGGCACCUCGGCGCCGCGUCACUUCACCCUCAGCUCCUCCAAGAACUCGCAACGUCCGUGCGAGCUCUGCAACUUCGCAUGCGACGGUUCCGGGAACGUUCGUCGAUGGGCGGAGGCUGCGGCUGCGGCCCAUCUUGCGGCUUACGGACGUACGGCACGGCAGCGCAGAGUUGGCGUGGGAGCAGCGCCGCCUCCGCCGCAUCCGUCUGCGAUGCGCCGCUCCGCCGCCCGCAGCGCCACUCCGCCGCCCACGCGGCCGCCAUGUCUCAGCUGCUUCGAUUCGACUUUUACGUGUGACAAGGAGAACAUAGUGUAAUGAGAAAGAGCAGCGGCCGGAGAACAAGCAAAUCGAGCAGGCACGGCCGCAAGGCCCGGCGCGCGCUCAGCUGCUUGUCUCGCCGCUGGGCGAGACGGGCACCUUUUCGUCGUGGCCGAUGCUGCUGCUGCUGCUUGCCGCGGGCGACGGCGUCGGCGAGUGCCGGCCGCGCAGCCGGUUGAGCACG